AUGAAUGCGGCCGCUUCACAAGACACUCCUCUCGUUGGAAUUAUCAUGGGUUCUCAAUCAGAUUGGGCCACUCUCGAACACACUGCCAAUAUGCUUAAGCAACUUGGUGUCCCAUUUGAAGCGGAAGUUGUGUCUGCGCACCGUACGCCAGAUCGUCUUUUUGAAUAUGCUGAACAAGCACGUGACCGUGGUAUCCAAGUGAUUAUUGCGGGUGCAGGCGGUGCGGCGCAUUUACCAGGAAUGUGUGCGGCGAAAACUGAUUUGCCUGUACUGGGUGUACCAGUGAAGUCUUCGAUUUUAAACGGUGUCGAUUCACUGUUAUCGAUUGUGCAAAUGCCAGCAGGUAUUGCAGUGGGUACCUUAGCGAUUGGUCCAGCAGGUGCAACCAAUGCCGCGAUUAUGGCAGCGCAAAUUUUAGGUCUGACACGUCCUGAAAUUGCAAAAAAUGUAGCCGAUUUCCGUGCUGCACAAACCGACAAAGUCGCAAGCAACAAUAUUCCAGGCCAAGCUUAA